UUCAUUUACACCUAAACAUAAAAGCUUCUGGGGUCCUGGGAAUUGAAUAAUUAUGGCAAAAUGUCCCUUCCAGGUAUAGUGGCUGUCUUCAUAGCUACAGCCGGGUGUUUCUUUGCUUUGGGUGCCUAUUACCAGCACCACGAUGUGGUGCGUAAUAUCAAAAAAUUAGAGCGCAAAAAUGCACACGCCUACUAUAUACGAAGGAAACUUUAUGGACUGUUAGGCAUCUUCGGUGCUCAUACGCGUGACAGUCCUGAAGAAGAAAACGAAAGCGAAGAAUCCAAUAUAUUGAGCAACAUUUUAAAAUAUGGGUUUCCAAGCAUGAACGACAUACGGGUUCAUCGAGACUAUGUCAUGUCUUUCGAUCGUCGAAACUCUGCCAUAAACUGGAUAUGCGAGCGUGUGGAUAGCAGCAAGGAUUCAAUAGCAUCCGAGGAGGAGCUAGUAGUGGCCAGACCAAGCAUCGCAGAAAGCGUAUCAGCGCCAAUAGUUUGUGAAAUUGCUCAUGCAAGUCUUAGACAAACAGCCAAAGGAAAUGUUGAUCAAUCCGAAGCAUCUCGGGUUUUCUUCCUCUUGAACAUAAAACCCUUUAAAAAUGAGGGCUUAAAUCUGAGAAUCUGGGAAAAUCUACUGGGCUAUGUGAAUGAGCUGGCAAAAUGCCAUCGCACAGCUUAUGUCUACACCGGAUCUAUAUAUAUGCCCACAGAAUUGGGCACCAAUAGCUGGUAUUUGAAGUUUCAGGCUACAAAUGCUACAAUGGUAGCAGUGCCUACGCACUUCUUUAAGAUCAUCAUAAUCGAUCCAAAAGAGGGAACCAGUGCACCAUACGCCGAGGCCUAUGUAGUACCGAACUCUCCCAUGCCAAAUAUACCCGAUCUUAGCGUAUUCCUCAGUGAUAUACGCGAUAUCGAGAACGCAACCGGACUGCAGUUUUUCGACGGCCUUGCACGCAACUUUGUGAGCACACAAAGCGAUCACCUGGGAAGGAAUUUGUAGUUGCCCAUUGUAAUUGCAUUUUAAAAAUUUUCAGUAACAUGUUAAUAUUAUUUGAAAUUAGCAA